ACCUUUCUCGAUAAUCUUCACCUCAAGCCACCCUUGUCCCUUUCUCCCUCUCCUGCACCUAAAUAGUCACCAGCUUGACGUCUAGUCUCUGUUUCACAGUGCAACGUACAUAUCACAUCAUCCUGUAUAAUAAACCUGAGAGAGUCGGACUUGAACACAAUCACUUUACAUUCAAGUUGUGCCAACACAGUCCACCACAUUCACAUCAUGGAGACAGUACUGGCCUCCAUUAGACAGCUCGCGGCCAACGCCAACGAGGCUGCCCGUCGGCAACUCAUCACCACACUACACGAGAUAGCCUACUCUUUAGAGGAUGCCAACGACACCGUGCAUCGUUAUGGCUACUUGCAUCUUCAAACCGCAGCUGUGAAAACCGGCUUCGAUCUCGGACUCUUCCGGUUCAUCAGCGCAUCGGAGGGACCCGUCACCGUGAGCCAGAUUGCGGACAAGACGGGAGCUGACCCGUUGUUUCUGAGCCGAUUUCUGAGCUACCUAGCUUCUACUGGCGCCGUCAAGGAAGUCGCAAAAGAUGAGUUCGCCGCCAACAACGUCACCAAGAAUCUCGCCGAGAAGGUCACCGAGGCCGGCGUCUCCCACUGUUUCGAAACCAUUGGCCCGCAAUACCAAGCCAUCCCCGCCUUCCUGAAAAAGACCAACUACAAAAACCCCAGCGACGAGAUGCACACCGUCUUCCAAGACGCCUGGAAGACAGACAAGCACGCCUUCGCCUGGUUCACCGACCACCCAGGACAACUCGACUACUUCAACGACUACAUGGCCUUCCGCCGCGAGCCCGCCCUCUCCUGGCUCACCGUCUACCCCGUCGAGCAGGAGACGCAGAACUGGGACGGCACGCGGCCCGUCUACGUCAACGUCGGCGGCGGCAUCGGCCACCAGUGCGCCCAGUUCAAGGAAAAAUACCCGCACAUCCCCGGCCCCGUCAUCCUGCAGGACCUCCCGCACUCGAUCGCCAAAGCACUCCCGACCCCCGGGGUCGAGAACACGGCGCACAACUUCUUCGAGCCGCAGCCCGUCCGCGGGGCCAAGUUCUACUUUGCGCGCGGCGUGCUGCAUAACCACCCGGACCACAAGGUGAGGGUCCUGCUGGGGAACAUCAAGUCGGCUAUGGCGCCCGAUUCCGUGAUCCUGCUGGAUGAGAUGGUGUUGCCGGAGACGGGGGUCAAUUCGUACGCUGCUGCUAUGGACUUGACCAUGAUGUCGGCCUUUGCGUCCAUGGAGCGGUCGGAGGCGCAGUGGCGGACGAUUAUUGAGGAUGUGGGGUUGAAGUUGGUGAAGACGUAUCCGUAUAACCCGGUCAGCUAUGAGAGUGUCAUGGACAUUCGGCUCCCCUAGACUGCGUGUAUGGCAGGGAAGGUCGAGGACAAACAAGGCGGCUUCUCAUGAGAUUACCGCGGGUAGAAACGGCGGACGUUUCAAUAUUGCGUGGUAUUGUGUAUACAUAGCAUUCAUGUUAUUAGCAUAGUCUAGUCCUCGGUGGUCACUGGUCAUUUACACCCAUUGAUUCAACUCUCAGCAGAGAGUCGAGUUGUUUGGCCCUCCUAGGACACUCCGUCAUGCGUAUAACCCUAUCCCGAG